UAAACCAAAACCAAUACAUUUUCAUCUUGUUAUUUGUUUACCCAAUUAGAAGAAAAAAAUAGCAACAAAGAUGAUGAUGUCAAUUUUCAGUUCCUUUGAUGCUCUCUCCGCUGAGAUCUUUGGCCUAAAGGUGAGCCGUUCUUGGGCACCGGCCACUUCUGACAACAAACAACAACAAGGUCUGGCUCCUCUUGUAUCCGAUCGCAAGACCGCCGCUUCUCCGCCGUCUACUUCCUCACCUGGUGAACUGAACAAGGCCGGAGAGGCAGCGGCGCCGUCAUCUUCAAAAUCGCCGUCGCGUCCACAGCAGCAAAGGAGGAGGCCGAGGUUUGCACCGGAAUUGGAUGGGGUCCACUGUUUCGAAACAAUUCUUCCCUAUUAAUUUUUAUUACAUAAAGUCUAAAAGAUUGAAAUUCUUUAUUCUUGUCUGACUGUAACUAAUUAGCCCACUGCCAUCAUGAAGGUUGAUACAAUUUAGUUGUAUUAAAUUCUUUUAUUUCUUGUUUGAACAACUUCCAUCCACAUUUUUUUCUUUAAAUCUGUUUCCCUGAUCAAUUAUCGAUCUUUUCUAGAGGAAGAAACAAAAGAGAUUGAAAAAGCAGGGAAUAUGCUGUAUGUUUCGUCUAGUGCACGUUAAUGUAAUUCCACUAUUUUACAACCCUUUCUUCGAGUUGAAA